CCCUUUGGCGGGUUUUUUUCUCUGGCUGCUGGGUUCCGCUCUCCUCACGGAAAAGCCUGGUGGUAGCUUUUUGGAAACAGCACCCUCCCACCCCACCCCAGAGAACAACCUGUCGAGAUUUCUACGCUUUCCGUUCGGAAAGCUUCUACGCUUCCACUCUGUUUUUAAGUAGGUGUUUCUCUGUAGCUGACGGCUAGACCUGACAGCCUGAGGCCAUUUGGGCCCUUCCAGUCUCAGGCCCUGGAGGGAGAAGGUGAAACUCGUUCUGCACGUCGACCUCACUCCCGGGGCUUCUACGGUCGGGUCGGAGCUGGGCGGGCCAGGCCCCGGCCCCUUCUGGGUCGCCAUGUCCGUGUCCACCCAGCAGCUGGCGGAGGAGUUGCAGAUCUUCGGCCUGGACUGCGAGGACGUUCUCAUUGAGAAACUGGCAGAGCUUUGUAUUCUGUAUGGGCAGAACGAGGAAGGAGUGGUAGGCGAGCUGAUAGCUUUCUGCACCAGCACAGGCAAAGCUUCCCUUACCUCAGAGAUCCUGAAGACAUUUGAGCAUGAGAUUUUGAGCAAGAGAUUGUCCAAAACAUGGCCCAGUGCCACCAAGGACAGUGGACAUGCAGGAGCUAGAGACAUUAUUUCUAUCCAAGAGCUAAUUGAAGUUGAGGAAGAAGAGGAGAUUCUUUUGAACUCUUACACGACACCCUCUAAGGGUUCUCAGAAGCGAGCUAUUACUACCCCAGAGACUCCUAGAACGAAGAGGAGUGUGUCUGUCCCCAGCCCGCAUCAGCUCCUCUCACCCUCAAGUUUCUCUCCAAGCGCUACUCCCUCCCAGAAAUACAACUCAAGAAAUAACCGAGGAGAGGUGGUUACCACCUUCGGCUCAGCACAGGGGGUGUCUUGGUCGGGGAGAGGAGGAGCUGGAAACAUCAGCCUGAAGGUGGUGGGGUAUCCGGAGCCUCUGACUAGCAGCUACAAAUCCAUGUUUCAGAAGCUCCCAGACAUCCGAGAAGUUCUGACCUGGAAGAUAGAAGAACUUGGCAGCAAACUCAAGGAACAUUACAAGAUUGAGGCCUUUACUCCUCUUCUAGUCCCAGCACAAGAGCCCAUCACCUUGCUGGGCCAAAUUGGCUGUGACAGCAACGGGAAGCUGAACAGCAAGUCGGUGAUUCUUGAAGGAGACCGGGAACUUUCUUCUGGGGCUCAGAUUCCAGUGGAUUUGACUGAUCUCAAAGAGUAUUCUCUGUUUCCUGGACAGGUUGUAAUUAUGGAAGGAGUCAACACCACUGGUAGAAAACUUGUUGCCACCAAAGUCUUUGAGGGUGUGCCGCUUCCCUUCUAUCAGCCCACCGAAGAGGAUGGAGGCCUUGAGCAAACCAUGGUCCUAGUCACCUGUGGGCCAUACACCACAUCUGACAGCAUCACAUAUGACCCCCUGCUUGACCUGAUCUCCAUCAUCAAUCACGACCGGCCAGAUGUCUGCAUCCUGUUUGGUCCUUUCCUGGAUGCUAAGCAUGAGCAGGUGGAGAACUGUCUGCUGACGAGCCCGUUUGAAGAUGUUUUUAAGCAGUGUCUGCGAACAAUUAUUGAAGGGACAAGAAGCUCUGGCUCCCACCUUGUCUUUGUUCCAUCCCUGAGAGACGUGCACCACGAGCCUGUGUACCCUCAGCCACCUUUCAGCUACUCCGAUCUGUCACGAGAGGAUAAAAAGCGGGUGCAGCUGGUGUCAGAGCCCUGCACCCUCUCCAUAAACGGGGUGAUCUUUGGCUUGACAUCCACAGACCUGCUGUUCCACAUGGGGGCUGAGGAGAUCUGUAGUUCUUCCGGGACUUCAGACAGAUUCAGCAGAAUACUCAAGCACAUCCUGACACAAAGGAGCUACUACCCACUCUACCCACCCCAGGAGGACAUGGCCAUCGAUUAUGAGAACUUCUAUGCCUAUGCUCAGCUGCCGGUCACCCCAGAUGUCUUCAUAGUCCCCUCGGAGCUGAAGUACUUUGUGAAGGACAUCCUCGGCUGUGUCUGUGUGAACCCAGGGCGCCUCACCAAAGGACAGGUAGGCGGCACCUUCGGACGCCUCUACCUCAGAAGGACACCUGAGGAUGGAGAGGAGAGGCAGAAUCCGUGUGUUGCCGCCCAGGUGGUCAGGAUCUAAGUCUUCUGCCUUUGCUGUCCCCUGUGCAGCCUCACAGAUGUGGAGAGCCCAGGUGUGGGCCUCUGCAACCCCAAACUUGGGGGCUCCCAGAGGAGGAUCCAGCUGUGAGGGCAGGGCUAGGGCCUCCCAUGGUCAAGGUGUUCUGCCAGGCCCCGGCUCAGCUCGGGCUUCUCUGGAAGGAAGCUCUGCUCUCAGGAUUUGUGCACAGUGCCCAGAAGUUAACUGGUUUUGGAAACUCCAUGAUCAGAAAAGGCAGGAAGGUUUUAUGGUUUCCUUCAUGGUUCAAAC